ACAAGCUCGAAGGAGCCUGUGGAAGUGAAGAUGGAUUUUAUGCUGAUUGCUAUUCUCUCUGUGGUAGAAAAGCUCCAGACAGUCACUUUUUACUUUGUGCUGAACCUGGAGUGGGAAAACACUUUUGUAGGCUGGGACCUGCAGGAUUUCUGUAACAUUUCCAAAAUCAUUCUGCCAAAGGAUGCAUAUUGGUCUCCCCCCAUCUUCAUUUUAGAGCGAGUGGAUGGACAAAACUCGAACUUGGAUUAUAUGGCUGUCAUGCACAACGGCAGCUUCAACUUCACCCAGCCCUUCCAGGUUACCUUAACAUGCAGCUUGAAGAUCUUCAGGUUUCCCUUUGACACCCAGACAUGCAACCUGAGCAUAGCUUCAUUUCUCUACCCAGCAGUAACAGACCUUGUCAUGAAGACGAGACAGACACCAGACGAGAUCAUAAGACAGAGCCAGAGUUACUUCUUAACUGAUGGAGAAUGGAAGUUCACCAACCUGAGCAUCAUUGAACAUGUAGAAGAACAGGGUGAUGAACACUUUCCUGUGGUCACCUAUGUGAUUUCCAUGAAGAGACGACCCACUCUGUACGUUUUGAACCUGAUCCUCCCAACAUGCGCCCUGUAUCUGCUGGAUAUGGCUGUGCUGUUUGGACCCAGCUCUCUCGAGGAGAAAAUCAGCUUCCAGAUUGCCAUCAUCCUUGGCAGCUCCAUGUUAGCUGUGAUUCUCAACAACAUCCUCCCAACUUCCUCCAACAAACCACCCGUAAUAGUGGUAUUCUUCUUAGGCACCUUCCUGCUCAUGAUCAUGGCUGUGUUGGACACCUUCUUCCUGUUGCACCAGCAGCACAAAUCCCUGCACUUAGACAAGAUUCUCAGAAGCUUCCAGCAAGAUGGGCACGCCGAGCUGCCACUGAGAGCCACGAACCACCAGACCACGAAACACCUCGCCAAGGAAGGCGCCCAACUGCUGAACCUUCCCAAGAAGGCCCAGGCAAAAGGGCACAUGGCCAAGCCCCACUCGCAAGCGCAGAAGCGGGACCUAUUCCUGCUACUUCUGGAGAAGGUGCUUCUCUACAGUCACUUCUUUCUAUCCCUGUUUUUUUUUGCUAUUAUUUUUAUAAAAUGGAGCAGCUAGAGACCAGCUCUGCACAGUGCUAGUUCCAUUGAUCUCCACUGUCUUGCAUCUAACCCCUCCACUGUGAUUUUUUUUCCUGCUUGAUUCAUAGAGCUGCAGCUGUUUCAGUUGCCUAAACAAAAUUAAAACCCCAAACCUCCAGGGCAUGAGAUCUGCAUGCUUAGUGCUUUGUACUCUAGUCCAGUAGAACUAUGUAUAUUCCUAAAAUUCUAAUGUGAGCUAGCAAGGCAUAUGAAUAAAUCAUGAAAACUGGGGAUAAUACCUUCAUUCCAUCCAUCUAUAAUUCUUACCACAAACAUGAUCAACAGGAAAGGGAAUUAAUGCCCUUCUCUUAUGGAGAUGUUUCCAUUUUGGGGAAAGGUGUUUAAGAGGUCCACCUCAGAUAAUUAAAUAAAACAGUGCAAGUCUGGAGCAUGAGCAUUUGUACCACUGUUUCUGUGAGUUUCAGCGAGAUCCUCAUCAUUCAGAAACCCAGGACAGAGAGAAUAACAGGAUUACCAGGAUUAAAGGGGUGAUACUUGGAAUGUUCUAAGAGAAUUUUUAAAAUCUUUUCUAAAAAGGUAUCGACAUAACUACACUCCUCUAAUUCCUUUUGCAAUUGGCUGCACCUAAACCAUCACAAUCUGCCUAGAAAACAGCCCCAGACCUCUGCCUGUAGAAUGCAUCUCCCACUGCACCACAGAUCACUACUAAAUAGACUCCAGCACCAUAAAAUGUUCCACUUUUGCCUGCAUUGCCGGAAGAGCUACAUUCCCUGCACCAUGCAGCUACAAGGCCAACAGACAGUUUAUCUGCAUUACGGAAGAUGCAGUGAGAUUCGGUUUGAUCAACAGGUCUAGCUGGGAU